GUAGCAUCUAUAAACAAUGGCAGACCUUUGUGGCUGGUAAAAUGUUUAAUUAAGCUGCCAGAUUCAGCCUGGUGUAAGUCUGCAGGGGAUUGGCUGAGGGAAGUGGGUACGGCUGAUUCGCCGUAUAGUUAAUUGGCGUUUGUGAAUUUUUGGGUUAUUUGAAUCGCAUUAAUACUGUACAAUAUAAUUACAUUUUUUUUAGUUUGAAGUCAAUCUUGAGAACUAGAACUAGAUUUGAAUCGAUUUUUAAUUGUAUAUAGACCAAUAAAAUGUAAUGUAAUUUUAAGUCAAACCAUCACAAGUUUUGAAACUGCUUAGUUUCUAUAAUUCAAUAAUUUUUUUAAGUAUAUAAAUUAAUAAAAUGUAUGUAUUUCUAGAUUUCAAGGGCAUACAAAUAUUGUUUCUUCUGUUUUUUUUUUUUUAAUUUUAUGAUUGCCCUAAAGCAUUGUGUAGUUCCAUUACAAAUGAACUGUAUGCACAAUGUAAUUUACUUAAUGAGCUGUAUUCAAGUAUUGAUUUACUUCCGAUCUUUCUUCCUGUCAGUUUUACUUUUUCAUUGUUUCAACUCGAAGGUUAGAAAUUGUUCCUCUGUUUGGUCAACUGGCCAGUGUAGGAGCCUUGUGGAACAAACAAGUUUAAAUGCUUAAUUCCAUUUAAACACUCUUCAAAGUGUCACAACAAUUGGUCAAAUAUUGGAGCGAUAAAAUCGCCAAAUUAAAUAAACAAAACCGGAAUUGUAAUGUUGGGGGGCAGUAACAGUAUAAAAAGCAGGCCAAAUUGGGAUGACAAUAGAAAACGAGCUUGUUCGUUUGACCGCGAUGGGUGUUGUAAAAGUAGCUUUCGUGUUAACUGGGUGUCUAGUGGCCAUCCUGGCCCACAAGCAUCAGUCCAAGGAGCAGGAUGCCAAGUACAAUUGGUGGCAGCACGAGGUCUUCUACCAGAUCUAUCCGAGAUCCUUUCAGGACAGCAACGGCGAUGGAAUCGGCGAUCUGCGCGGUAUUACUUCCAGGUUGCAGUACUUCAAGGACACUGGAAUCACGUCCGUCUGGCUAAGUCCCAUCUACGAGUCACCCAUGGUGGACUUUGGCUACGACAUAUCAAACUAUACGAACAUUCAGCCGGAAUAUGGCACCCUGGAGGACUUUGACGAGUUGAUAGCCAGGGCUAAUGAGGUGGGCGUCAAGGUCAUCCUUGAUUUUGUGCCCAAUCAUAGCUCGAAUAAGCAUCCCUGGUUCAUCAAGUCCGUGGCUCGAGAGCCGGGCUACGAGGAUUUCUAUGUGUGGGAGGAUGGAGUACUCUUGGAGAACGGCACUCGAGUGCCGCCCAACAAUUGGCUGUCGGUCUUCUCCGGAUCCGCCUGGAUGUGGAACGAGGAGCGGCAGCAGUUCUACCUGAGACAGUUCACCUACGGACAGCCCGAUCUCAACUACCGAAAUCCCGCCGUGGUCCAGGCCAUGGACAAUGUAAUGCUGUUCUGGCUGAACAAGGGAAUCGCCGGCUUUCGCAUCGAUGCCAUCAUCUAUAUAUACGAGGAUGCACAAUUGAGGGACGAGCCGCCAAGUGGCACCACCGAUGAUGCCAACUCUGAGACGUAUUUAGAGCAUAUCUAUACCAGGAACCAACCGGAGGACUACGGUCUUCUUCAGCACUGGCGGGAACUGCUGGACAACUACACGGCCAGCCAUGAGGGACCCGUGAGAAUAAUGAUGACCGAGGGCUACGCCUCCGUGUCCCAGCUAAUGGAGUACUACGAAGACGCGAAUGGAGUUCAGGGACCAGAGUUUCCCUUCAACUUUGACUUCAUCACCGAGCUGAAUGCCAACUCGACAGCUGCGGACUUUGUCUUCUACAUCUCCAGGUGGCUCAUCUAUAUGCCACAUGGUCAUGUGGCCAACUGGGUGAUGGGAAAUCACGACAAUCCUCGAGUGGCAUCGCGAUUUGGUGAGAAGACAGUGGACGCCAUGAAUAUGCUGCUGAUGACACUGCCCGGAAUUGCCAUUACCUACAAUGGCGAAGAGUUGGGUAUGACGGACUACAGGGACAUUAGCUGGAGCGAUACUGUGGACCAGCCUGCCUGCGAAUCUGGCAUCGACAACUACAAGUGGGUCUCUCGAGACCCGGAACGCACACCCAUGCAAUGGAGCAGUGAUCCCAACGCUGGGUUCUCCACUGCCGAUCGCACUUGGCUGCCUGUCAAUCCCAACUACAAGGAGCUGAAUCUUCGCAACCAGCAGCAGGCAAGGCAAAGUCACUACAAGAUCUAUCAGUCCCUCCUGAAGCUACGAAAGCUGCCGGUUCUCAAGAAUGGCACCUUUGUUGCUGAAGUAGUGAAUCGCAGGGUCUUCGCUUUCAAACGAGAGCUGAAGGCCGAGUACACUCUGCUGACAAUCGUGAACGUGAAGAACCGCACGGAAGUGGUGGAUAUCAGCGACUAUAUCGAUCAGCCUAAUCGGCUGAACGUCCUUGUUGUGGGCGUGGAUUCGCAGCACAGGGUGGGGGAUCGACUCAAGGCCGAGGCCAUCGAACUGGCACCCUACGAGGGCCUGGUCAUUCAGCUGAACAGGCGAAAGUAAUCAACACACUACUUGGUAUUCAAAAUUAAAGUACUAAAAAAAAACUUUCCGAUUGCCGCAGCUUUUCUUUUUAGCUUUUCUAUUUUCGCAUUUGCAUGUAUCUCGAGCGGGUCAUCUAAAUCGAGUUUCCAUUUUGUUUGACAACAAAACACAUUUCCGCAUACAUAAGUGCUUCGCAAACAUUUUAAUUGAAUUGAGAGCACUUGGUGUCUGCCCUUUCUCGAAUUGAAAGUCGUAAUUCAUAAUUGUCGUCGGGAAUUUUGGUUGACCCUUUUGGGGUUAAGGGUAGCUUAUAA